CCGCAGCCAGCGCUCCGAGUCAGGAUCUAAUUCCAGCGAGGGUGAACAGGCCACCAAAAACAGCGACAGCAGUUUGGAGAUCAUGGAAAAAAUUAACCUAACAAAACCAAAGCGCCCAAUGUCAGCUUAUAUGCUUUGGUUAGAGUCUGCAAGGCAACAAAUAAAAGCCGAUAAUCCUGGCUUAAAAGUGACCGAAAUCGCUCGGAAAGGAGGAGAAAUUUGGAGAGCAAUGGAAGACAAAAGUGUUUGGGAGGAAAAAGCGGCGCAGGCCAAGGCUCAGUACGAAAAACAUUUAGAGGAUUAUAAUAAUUAUAAAACUGAUGGAGGGUGGUGAUCGAGGCGCAAAAUGACAUAUGAUCUUCCUGCGCAUAAGGAGAAAGAAAUACAUUUUCUACCACCCUGCGAGAUAUGCGCCCGUAUUCACAAACAUUACUUUGAGGUCUCACAGUGCGCGUGGACGCACAGGGUGACACACGAACCAAUCACAGAUUGAACGCUGUGUGUUCGAUUUGCUGCUUCACUUCACGCAAGCAUCGUUUGUGGAUACGGGCGAUGGUCAUAUUGUAGUGGCACGGCCAUGACAUUUAAGAAAUUUUGAUCGCAGUCAGAAAAUGGUACAGUCAGCAUGAAAUUCGUCGUGACACCCAAUGGCCAAAAAGUGGACAACACAACGUGACACAACCUUAUUAUUAGUUGUAACAAAGACGUGUUGCGAAUUUUUUGUCUACUUUGAGUGUCGC